AUGUCUCCCUUCUCUACAUUGCUGACUGGGCCUGGGGGCGACAACAAAGAUACAAACUGUGGAUGGUGCAAGCGGCCAGUCUCUCUCAAUUCACCCGAAUUUCUGGCCACUCCCGAAGGCCCCAGAUACUGCACCGAAACGUGUUUCUCGCAAAGUCGUCGGGCCUCAUUCAAACGGGCCAAGACUUGUGAUUGGUGCAAGCACAUCCGGCAUGCCGUCAGCUACGUGGACUUCUACGAUGGGGCUUCACAGUUGCAAUUUUGUUCGGACAAAUGCCUGAACCAAUACAAAAUGCAAAUAUUUUGUAAGGAGACACAGGCCCAUCUCGAUAUGAAUCCUCAUUUGAAGGAUAAAGGAAGUGCGAAUGAUGGCGGGCUGAUCACUCCUGAUCUGUGGCUGAAGAAUUGCAAGAGUCCCUCAUCAUCUCCAAGCUCGGAUCGGUCCAAGUCCGUGUCGCCAAUAACAAAGGCUCCAACAAUGUCAGCCCCAACACACAGACCACUUAUUACCGUGACUCCAUCGGCGAAGUUGUUAUCGAGACCAUCGAAUGCAGUGUCACAUGUACGAAUAUCGCCAAAGCUGUCUAAGAAACGAAGAUCUCUGCGUCUGUGUGCCCUAACUAAUAUCACAGAUUCAAUGGAAGCAACAAACAAUAACAAUGCUAUACCGUUGGGCUGCAAUAAAUCGACGUCAGCAACUAGUUCACAUGAGAAUGUUUCCAGUCUGCGACAAAAAUCACCGCGAGACGAACCUCAAGGAACGCUGAAACAAAAUUCUUCCCAUCAUUUUCUGCCACCUCCGCCUAAUCUCUUUCCCAUUCGUCACAGUGGAUUACCAGGAACAUCAAGAUAUGGUUCACACACUCAAUCUCAAUCGCAACCUCAACAAACGUCUACAACUCAGUUGCCACAAAAUACUCCAACGAACGGCUCGUUUCUACCGAAUACGGAUCAACCUCGACUAUUCGGUGCAAAUCCACCACCCGUUACUAUAUUAGUCCCAUAUCCGAUCGUUCUUCCUAUUCCCAUUCCCAUCCCGAUUCCUAUGCCGAUCAUCGAAUUUUUGAAGGCCGCCCAAGCGAAAUUGGACGAACAAAACAAGACGGCAGCCGAAUCCAAUGGAACCGAUCGAACACCACCGGUAAACGAUGACGAACCGUUGGACUUUACCAAAUCGAAAGACGAAAGUAGUAUGCCAAUUCUGACGCAACACCUUCGCCUAAACAAAACAAUCGAAUCGCCACCAAUUGCCGAGAAGGACGAACAUCAGAUUACGAUCAGCGGUUUCGAGAAAUUGGAUGAAAUGGAUGGACAGGAACAGAGAUUACCAAAGUUUAAAAUAACGCGGCUAGCGUCAAAGCGAAAUAUUUCUACCAAAGAAUCGGAAAGCAGUCGACCAUUGCGAAAGCGUAAACGGGUCAUUGACUGUGAUUAUUCAAGGCUGAGAGAUGACGAUAAGAAAAAGUUCUAAAAUGUGUUGUGGUUGGACUUUAGUACCUUUUGUAGUCAAUAAGCGUGAUUGAACAGGAAAUUAUUGUUUUUUUUAAUCUAAUAAAAAAAAGAGAAUUGUGGUAGUGUCGUGUGUCCAUUAUACACUGUCGAUAUUUUGCGCGAGGGUACGGCCACUGAUUGUUAACUUACCUUCCUAAUAAUUUAUGAAAACGAUUCUUUUUGUAAUUCUUUCUAACCUGUAAGAUGAAACAAAAUAAACGAUAAAAGAAAAGAA